CUCACUUCUAUCUGUUAAAACAUCCCUUUACCCCGUCCCCAUUCAUCUCCUUCUGCUUUUCUAAUAGACUCUGCUCAUUUUGUACAAAAUGACCUUCGCUUUUCUCUGCUCCUUUUAGUGAGCUCUUCAUUAUUUUUGCCGUAAUUAGUGUGAAAACUUCUCUUUACUCUCUUUAUCACAGCCAAACAGCUGCAGCAAAGCCGCGGCAAGGACGCCGGAGAGAGAAGCCGUCAGCCCUGCCGCUUCAACCUCUGCUGCAGAAGUGACAUGAAAGAGGGAGGAAGGAGAGAUAAAGAGAUGGAGAUAAAGAGAAGGAGUGAACAGCAGAGGGUGAAUGUGGCAUGAAUGUAAAUGAGCGUCUGAAUGAAAGUAUAAUCAAAUGUAAUGCUGUCAGCACUUUGAGCUUUUUCAGCAAAUACUGUAUAGGAGGUGAUCAUUGUAAUUUUAGCUUUAACGGGGUUUUUUUUAAUGCUCUUAGUGUAGCUCAACAUGCUAGUGAUAGCCAUCAUGCUAACGUUAGCAUCUUAGCUAAAAUGAGCAAAUUUGAGCUCAUUUUGAUAUAAAAGAACAAGCUAAUUGAUUUAAAGCUGCAGUAGUCAACUUUUAUUUUUAAAAAAAGAAGUUUUACUUGCUAAGACUAUAACCAUGUUGUAACGAGAUGAAAUAAUCGUUGAAAAGAUCGAUAUUCUCCACCCCCUCCCUGGACUAAUAUUGCCGUCUGAAGGAAUGCACCACUCCUGACCAACAAUAACCAAUCAGAGCCAGGAGGCGGGUCUCAGCGAUGUCAAUCAUUCUCAUGUACUCAAUGUGAUAAAGGGAGAGAAACAACCUUACGUUACAGGAAAACCGUUUAUACGUCGUCAUCAGUGGCUAUGCUAACUAGCCUCGCAUUCACAACAGGCUUUGCUAGCUGCAGUACAGCAGAAAGCAAGGGGAGGUGAGCAGUGUCACAUGGAGUAUGAUUGACAGCACCAAGACCCGCCUCCUGGCUCUGAUUGGUUGUUUCUAGAUAUCAGUAGGAGGAAGCAAAAAAAUUUUUUUUCAUAGAUUUCCAGCCUUAUACUGUCACAACAUGUGACAGAUUCAACAAAUAUGUUAAAAAAUAUAUUUUAUGAGUUACAUACUGCUGCUGGAAAGUUGAGACUUUUUUCCAACCUUAACCUUUUUUGUUUCUGUUUCCUCCACCUUAAGAAGUUGCAAGAUAAACCUGUGAACAUUUCUUUAUUAGUGCUUCAAGGUAACAUAUUUUAUCAUUUGAUAUGUGCUUGUUCAUUUGUAAACUUAUUGCCCUUUCUUAUUGCUGGUUGUAAAUAAAAAUAUUGAAGAUUUGCUUCAAACUGUUUUUUUUUACUUUAAUUUCCAAUCAAUAAAUCAGAUGGGAUACCCAGAUGACUCAUUAUUUCUGGAUGCCUCCACCAGUCUGAUAAAAAUCACAAUACCACACAUCAGUAAACACGACACGGCCCGUUGAUUGCCACACUGUUUUGUGCAGCUCCCCAGUGUGGUCAUGCAUAAAGUUAUAUUGCAGUGUAAUCAAUGGGAAAACGUCUACAUGUAAUCAUAUACUGAAGGGAUAUUUAAUUCAGGCACAGCAAAUGAGAAAUUGUUGCUUCAUGAGCUCUUUCAUUGUAACUUCAAACAAUAUUGUUACACUUUGUUUGAGACGCAGUAAACUGGGCCUGUACUGGUUCCAAAGCUCUGAAAUUCCCACAACUGGUGCACUAAGACGCAGGUGUUGACCCCAGUGCAGCUCUACAUGCAAUAAAACACCUGUUAAACACACACACACACACACACACCAACAGCAGUGACAUAUAUACUAAAGAGUAAAAAGAUAAUAUCUUAUAAGUUAAAAUGCAAUCUUGUUUUGUCAGCUGGUAGCUCCUUGUUGUUCCUGCUCCUUAAUAGCCUAUAAGCCACAAGUAGUGGUGACAUAUUUCUGUUCAAAUUUAAGCCACAUGGAUCAUUUCCGGUUGCCUCUUGCUCCUGUUGCUUUUAGCGAUAGCUGCAAGAGCUGCACCAAGGUAAAUAUAUAACAUCGCACAGGUAAACAAAACACUUAAUGUUUACAUACUGUAAUACCCGUGUAAGCCUAUCGAUGUUAGCUAUGUUAGACACAUAUGAGGUAUUGUGGUGAACACACAACUUACCUUCGAAGUUCUUUAUGAAGUUUGACACAAACAGCUUCAAUCCUUUGUUGCUGAAUAAUUUUAUAAACAUUAUUAAUAGUCCUGCAGUGGCUGAGGAGCCAUAGCUAACAGAGUGUUGCCUGGGCACCUGGAAGUGGUCUAUGUGGCUAAAAAACGCAUUAGUGCUAAAACAGAAGUCAGUGGCAUAUAGGCUAUUUGAAUUUAAUGCAGGUGAUCCAUUUGGCUUGUAGCAGAACGGAUUGGAUCAUAGAGGUGUUUGACUUCCUGUGUGUGUCGCGGUGUAGGAACGAGACGGUGUCACAGCAUACAAGCUGCCAAAUGUCAGAGCUGAACUCAUUGCUGUACUGAGAUCAUCACCUACCAAUCGCUGCAGUGGGAGGUGCAACGGUUCUUAAAAACACGGCUCGCUAGAUAAAAUACAAAGCAUUUCCGCCUGACUCCGAAUCACCGUCUACAACGGAUCACUCUGAGCUUGGCACUUGAAAAGGGCUGCACCAAAAUGAAGAACCUGCUUCAGUUCUUCCUCUGUCUCAUCAUUGUCCUCAAAACAAGUGGGGCUGAUGAAGUGUUUUAUCAUCGUGUUGGAGAAAGGGCUGUACUGACUUCUCCAGGCCUCCCUCAACAAUAUUACGUAAGCUGGUUCUUUGAAAGAGGCCCUGAGAUUGAGAUUGCCGACGUUUCCUAUUUUGGUAGAAAACAUGUUAAUCCAGGUAAGCAAAGCAUUGGAAAUGGAAGCUUGCUAUCUUUUUGGAGUUUACCAAUAAAAGCAAUAUUAAUAAUUAUUGUAAUUUGUGGUACUUUUGACAUUGUUUUGUAUUCAAUCAAUUUUGCAUCAGUUUCUGGCGAAAUCUGGACCAGCAGGUUGUCCAUCUCUACCAAUAGUCUGAUCAUCAAUAACAUGCAAGAGGAAAACUUUGGAACCAUCGUCUGCAAAGUGAAAGAUGGUACUAAUCUAUAUACCACAGUAAAAUUUCACCUGAUCAAAGUCAUGGUGAGUAUGGAGGAACAACGACCAUUCCUGAUCCCUGGACAUCGUCUGUCUCUGAACUGCAAUGCUGAGACUAAAAGAAAACACUCAGUUUAUUGGAUAAAACCAACGGGCAACAAAGCAUCUCCUAUCCAAGGAUCAGUCACAAAGAAAGCUGAAAGCCAAGACAAUGGAAAGUGGGAGUGUGUUGUGAAAGAUAGCGGAAAAGAGAACAAAUUCAAAUUUUUUGUUUCUGUUGUUGACUUCUCCUCUGCUUCCAAAUAUGUCUACACAUCUACAAACCUCCCUCUUAGCAUUCCUUUUUGGAUUACUCCCAAAGAGUUUGUGCAAAAAAUAUUGUCCAACGUUGAGACAAUUGAGUGGCUCUUCACCCCGAAAACAUCUUCCAAUCAACAGACUCUCUUCUCCUUCUCAUCAAAGGAUGGACAGCUGAAACAGGAGGAUACAGCCAGAGAACUGAGCUAUAAAAACUUCACAGAUGGUGGAAAUUUUUCAUUGCACAGAAAUCUGGCGAGGGUAGAAGACAGAGGGACCUACAACUGCUCCAUCACAUUUAAAAAUGGCUACGUGCUCAGCAGGAGUCUGGUUGUAGAUGUGCUGGAAAUCACCCCCUCCCCAGGAACGGAGUUAAUUUCAGGCCAUCACCUGAACCUGUCCUGCUCCACCGGCGGUCCUCUGGAAACUGGCGUCACGGUGAAAUGGGUCCCCCCUGAUACAUCAUCCUUGGCGAAAGCCGAUUUUUUGUCCAGUCACCUCAUCAUCACGAGAGUGGGAACGGAGGACUCUGGAAAGUGGAGGUGUGAUCUGAGGCGGAACACGACGACGCUGACGUCAGCUGUGAUAACUCUGAAGAUCGAUCCCAUUCUCACUGUGUGGAUGAUAGUGACCAUAUGCGCCGCUGGAAUCAUCCUAAUCCUCCUCCUCAUUCUAGCUUUCAUCCUCUUCAGGCGCAGACAGCGGAAGAUGAGACAGUUAAGGCAUCGACUCUGCAAGUGCAAAAACCCAAAGCCAAAAGGUUUCUACAAGGCCUGACGGUUGGGAUGAUCACAGCAGGACAUCAGGGCGUCAUGCAAACAAUUCUGUCCCAAACGGACCCUCGUCGUUUCUGAACUGUGCUAACUCUCUUUCAUGUGUUGAAGGAGAGACAGAAGAGACAGAAACUUGUAGACAUCGCUAAAAUGAAAAAAGAGAGGAAACAAAUGUAGAAAUUGUACAUAUCAAUCACUUUUUCUUACCUUUUUGGAUUGUUUUUUUACUAAUAAUGGUCAUUUCAACCAGGUCAGAUAUUUGAUAUUUUUAAUUUUGCAUCUUAAUGAAAAUGAGUCAACUUGGAAACAGUUUUAACUACUUUUCCAACAAAUGAUUUUCAGUAAUUUUUUAAGAUGUGACUUUGGUAAUUGCUUGCUACUUUGGCUUCAUCAGUGAUCAUAAUUUUGCAUAUUUUGCAAAAGUAAACUUUGUCCAACAGGAAGAACAACUACAAUCAGUGGAAAUACAAUAUAAUUUAAAUUUUUCAGAAAAUAACUAUACAAUUAGAUUAUACAAAUGAUUUGAACACACUGAACAAUAUUUAUUGUUAUAGUUUGUAGAAAUAAAUAACAACUUUGAGAUUUAAACUGAGAUGUUUGUCGGUUUGAUAUCAAAUGGAAAGAGGUCGGCCGAAAUGCCAGCCGUUUUUACCAGCCGUUCAAAAGAGUCAAGACAAUCUUUCAAAUAUAAAAUCAGAAUACGUUCGUCUAAAAUAAUAUUCAAAGUCUCUUUGUUCAAAAAUAGCAAAGAGAUUAUAAAAAUAUCUCAUAAGGACUGCAUCUUGAUUGGCCAUAUGCAUCAACUUUAAGUGUUCAGACCAUAAAAAGGCAGCAGGUUUCUUUCUUUUUUUGCUAUUUAUAUUUACAUUUUAUAGAAACAUUUCUGGAUACACUAGUAUAGGGUUAUUUCAGCAGUUUUAAAAAGUAACUUUAACAAUCCAUGGAGGAUUUUGUCUUUUCCGCCAGUCAGACAAAACUGAUUUUAAUCCUCUUCUCCUCUGCACAGAAGCUUUUAAUGAUUCCCUGAAGGUUUUUUAUAUAUUAAACCAUAUAGAUUAGUGAUUCAUUGGAGAUUAUAUUUGCUUUUCUGUAAUGACUGACAGUUCAUAACCUCUCCCUCACCAUUAAUUGCUUCCCAAUCGUACCUCCUGACAGCCUUAUUGAUGUUGACAUGCUGUCUUUCUACUGUUUCCAAUUUAAAUCCAGCAAUAAGUUUAGUUAUAUAUAUAUAUAAAGAGUUUUACUCUUUCCUUGAUAGGGUCAGAAUCAUUUUGGAGUCAGAAAAUUGUACUUAAGAUGUAACAUAUCUGUAAUAUUGUAAAUUUAUUAUUGUAGAAAUACUGUUUUUUAUUGUAAUUUGAUUGUGUAUUGUCAUGUAAUGUGUAUUUUCAAUUAUAUUUUAUUAUCUAUUCAUGAUAUAGUUAUCCAUUUAUAAAAAUAAAAAAAAAUACUCAACAUAUAUAUAUAUAUUUUGUACAGAUGGUGAUACUUUAUUUCCCAAAAGUAGAAACAGGAUGGGGGUUUUUUCCAGAAAAAUAAAGUUGAUUUAAAGGUGAAGCUGUAAUAUAAUGACUGUAUUAUGAGGUAUUUCAAUAAAGGAUCAGUAUGCAGCA